AUGUUGAUCUGGGACAUUGCUGUCUGGUUAGUGCUGUUCGCCCUGCUGCUUGGACUAUACUUCACUGUUACUUCAGCAACUUGGGAGGCAGACGGGGAAGACAGCGUCCCGAAGCUGAUCUGCAAACCUUCAGCUCUGUCCAGCUACCUGACGCGGAACUGUAAGAGCUUCUGGCUGUGCCCCCGGGCGGGCUGGCCUCACUUACAGACCCUGUACAGCAGCUUGUGGCCGGGACCCGGGAGCCUGCACUUGGUUCGGGAGCACCUUCAGAUGUCGGACGGGGGUGUGAUUGGUCUGGACUGGGCUGUCAGCGGGGAGGAGGAGGUGGUGGGAGAAGGGGAGCGGAGGUACCGAGACUCCCCGCCGCCCAUCCUGCUGCUCAUCCCCAACAGCCUGGGCGCGGUGAGCGGCCACUGCCGCCGCCUGCUGCAGCUCGCCCUCCGCCGCGGAUACCGGCCUCUCCUCUUCAACCGGCGGCUCCACAACAGCGUCCCGCUCACCAGCCGCCGCCUGCUGCCCUUUGGAGACCCCUCGGACCUGCGGGAGGCCGUCAGCUACAUCCGCUACAAGCACCCGCUCGCCCCGCUGUUCGCCGCCAGCGAGAGCAGCGGCUCGGCCUUACUGCUGUCCUACCUGGGCGAGUGUGGUUCUUCCAGCUACAUGACAGCGGCCGCCUGUAUCUCUCCUAUCCUCCGGUGUCAGCAUUGGCUGGAGGAUGGGCUGCAUGGCCUCUACCACUGGUUCAUGCUGUGCUACCAGAAAACCAGCCUGAGCAGAUAUGCCACUGUUCUUGGAGAAAUAAUAGAUACAGAGAAGUUAUUCAGGAGCUGCACUUUGAGGGAGUUGGAGGAAACAUUGUUUUGUCAGUCAAAGAUCAAUAAUUUGAGCUGGGCUUCCUAUUGGGAGAAGAAUGAUCCACUAAGGGACGUGGAUGAGGUUGCAGUUCCUCUUCUCUGCAUCUGCAGCAAAGAUGACCCAUGCAGAGGCAAUCCGGAGGUUACAUUGCCUUUUGAAUUAUUUGAAACCAACCCCUAUUUCUUCCUUCUGUUAACCAAUCAUGGAGGACAUUGUGGCUUUUUAACUAGCAGCUGUUCCUCAUGGAGCCAUGAAGCUGUACUGGAAUACUUCAAAUCAGUCAGUGAUUUUUUUAGGGCUGAAGAAAGGACAAAAAGUGUUUACAGAAGAAAAAUGUCAAUGACAUCCCACAAAAGGAGGGGAGCUGCUACUCACAAUAAAGAAUCUGUUUGCUUUCAUAAUAUUCAUGAAAUUUUUAACUGGCAACGAUCAUAUACAAGAUGAAAAACAAACAUUUUGUCUUUGGUAUCAAUCCUUAAAUAUAAAGCAGA